GGCAGGGGCGGGCUGGGCGCGCGGAGGGCCCGUAGAGGCGGGGACUCCGGUGCCCCGGCCACACUGGCUUCCUACGCCUAUAAAAGUGGAGUGGCCGAGGAGGACCGGCGCGGCCCUGGUUGCGGCCGCCUCUCUACGCCCAAGGAGUUGACAUUUUGCAGGACUUGCGCGACGCCCCGUCGCCUGCGCUCCUCGGGACCCCGCCGCCGGGAGGAGGGGGCGGAGGAGGGUGGAGACUGCGGGGCUUGGCCAAGGAAGGCGCACAUCCUCGGGCGGGCGGCCGUGACGCGGCUGGGAUUAACUUUGCAUGAAUAAUGUGAGUGCGCUUGGAAAGGAGACCUUCUGCUCCCCGGCUCGGGACAAGCGCCCCGCAGGCUGUCUUCCCCGGGCAGGGGCUCUCCACCCGACCGGCUCGAGGGCUCUGGACUUGAAAGCGUUGACUCGGAAGAGGAAUUUGAAAAUGAAUUUUUUUUAACCCCAUUUUAUUCUUUUGAGCAGAAACGUUGAAAAAAGUUCUAAUGAGGCUACAGGACCUCACCUUAUGGAAUCUUCCUGCCACCUUGAGAAAACAUUACUACUGUCCAUGACUUUGGUGAUACCUCAGCAUUCCAGCGAAGUACUCAGCUGUUUGAAACAGCAGAAUGAGCCGGCUCUCUCACACCCAUCUGUCGGAAAUGCAAGAGAACUUCAUGGAAAGCAAGAGUAUAUACAGUUCCCCGAAAGGUGAGAGAUCUGCAGUUUCCCUCCUGGUGGCCAUCCUGCAUGGGUGCCAAGUUCCACACAGGAGUUAGUGAAUAAGAAGGAGAUGUCAGUGAAGAAAAGGAUCCAGAAUGAUUACUAACCUAUGACUCCCAACAGUAUGACAGAAAAUGGCCUUCCAGCCUGGGACAAAGCGAAGCACUGUCCCGACGGGGAGCACGACUGGAAGCUGGUAGGAAUGUCUGAAGCCUGCCUGCACAGAAAGAGCCAUCCAGAGAGGCGCGGCUCGCUCAAGAAUGAACAGUCCCCACAGCUCAUCCAGGCCACUUGGACGAGCUCCAUAUUCCAUCUGGACCACGAGGAUGUGAAUGAUCAGAGUGUCUCAAGUGCCCAGACCUUCCAAACGGAAGAGAAGAAAUGUAAAGGGUACAUUCCCAGUUACCUAGACAAGGAUGAGCUGUGUGUAGUGUGCGGUGACAAAGCCACAGGGUAUCACUACCGCUGCAUCACAUGUGAAGGCUGCAAGGGUUUCUUUAGAAGAACCAUUCAGAAAAAUCUCCAUCCAUCCUAUUCCUGUAAAUAUGAAGGAAAAUGUGUCAUAGACAAAGUCACCCGAAAUCAGUGCCAGGAAUGUCGCUUUAAAAAAUGCAUCUAUGUUGGCAUGGCAACAGAUCUGGUGCUGGAUGACAGCAAGAGGCUGGCCAAGAGGAAGCUGAUAGAGGAGAACCGGGAGAAGAGGCGGCGGGAGGAGCUGCAGAAAUCCCUGGGGCAGAAGCCGGAGCCCACGGAUGAGGAAUGGGAGCUCAUCAAAACAGUCACUGAGGCCCACGUGGCCACCAACGCCCAAGGAAGCCACUGGAAGCAGAAGCGGAAAUUCCUGCCAGAAGACAUUGGACAAGCACCCAUAGUAAAUGCUCCAGAAGGUGGAAAGGUCGACUUGGAAGCCUUCAGCCAUUUUACAAAAAUCAUCACACCAGCAAUUACCAGAGUGGUAGAUUUUGCCAAAAAGUUGCCUAUGUUUUGUGAGCUGCCAUGUGAAGACCAGAUAAUCCUCCUCAAAGGCUGCUGCAUGGAGAUCAUGUCCCUUCGCGCUGCUGUGCGCUAUGACCCAGAAAGUGAGACUUUAACCUUGAAUGGGGAGAUGGCAGUGACACGGGGCCAACUGAAGAAUGGGGGUCUUGGGGUGGUGUCCGACGCCAUCUUUGACCUGGGCAUGUCUCUGUCUUCUUUCAACCUGGAUGACACUGAAGUCGCCCUCCUCCAGGCCGUCCUGCUGAUGUCGUCCGAUCGCCCAGGACUUGCCUGUGUCGAGAGAAUAGAAAAAUACCAAGAUAGUUUCCUGCUGGCCUUUGAACACUAUAUCAAUUACCGAAAACACCAUGUUACACACUUUUGGCCAAAACUCCUGAUGAAGGUGACAGACCUGCGGAUGAUCGGCGCCUGCCAUGCCAGCCGCUUCCUGCACAUGAAGGUGGAAUGCCCCACGGAACUCUUCCCGCCUUUGUUCUUGGAAGUGUUUGAGGAUUAGACUGACUGGCUUCAUUCUCAUAAUUCCUACCGCACUACUGGGUGUCAUUUCAUUCCAUUGCCUAGCUCCUUUUUGUCUGUUUCUUUCUUUGUGUUGGGAGGGAUUGUUUGGGGGUAAAGGGAGGUAAUCCUUGGCAUAGAUGCGGAGGAAAUUUUACCUUGAAUGCGGGUCCUUGUAACUAUUGCAUUUUGUUCUCCAGUCUUCGAUGUGAAUGCUUUGAAGGUUUUACAGUUGUGGAAGUGGGGUAGGGGACGCUUAUUAACUCACCAGCACCAAGCCAUCACCAGCUGCCGCCUGUCCCUGGUCAGAGACUCGAGCGAGCAAAAUGGCACUGCAGAAGAAUAAAGAAGACUUAAACCCAAGAUAAUACGGUCAUCCUGAUCCAAUCCUGAUUUUUCCAGGGCUCAAGUUAACAGAGCUCAGACAAUCUUUGGUUAGAUGUGGCUUUCAGCAUUUUACAGGAUGACACAAACAAAUUUUCAUUUCCCACUAUUCCUUAUUCUCUCCCAGCUUCGUCAUUUGGUGGGUACAGGAAUGUUUGCACCCUAAAAAACUAAGCUGCCCUUUCAUUACCAUGUUUAUAACCUCACAAUUUAAUUCAAGCGAUACGUAGGCAGGGCUCAAGGAUGCGCAGAUAUUUGACUGACUGAGGCCAACAGGGAAAAUGAUUUUCUUCAGUGAGCCCAAAGAAAUUAUAAAUCUUCACCAACAUCAGUGACUCCAGUUUCCAAAAAUUCACAUGUAUUACCUCACAGUAGGGAGUCUUCUUUACAGUUUAGGCUGAAAGAACAUUUUGCCAUAGAAAUCAAGCCUAUUUACAAGGAGUCAUCUCUUUUUCAAUGGCAACUGAUCUGUCAUCUCCCAAGCUCCUGAAGCUUUUUAUCCUGGUUGCAUCUUUGCUGAGCUGACAACAGAUUUCCCUAUGGAUUAAAUUCUUCUAAUCAAGGAGAGAUAACAAGCUGAAAUUGGAGUCUUGUUCUGGAGGAAUUCUGAGGAGAGAUGAGUGGCUGCAUUCUCAGUGGAAUGACACAGUGUUUGGAGAGCCUCUUCAGGAAGCUGAGGAUGCUUCCUUCUGCUCUUAGAGCUCAAGCUCUUUGCUGAACUCAAAAAUGUCUCGGUCCCUUUUUUCCCUCCAGCUUUAAAGCACUAGAUAGUUUGACUAUCUCUGAACACAAACUAGCCCUGUCACUGACCCUCUGUCAAUUUUACGGCACUACCCUGACAGAAACUCAACAGAAAACACCUGCAGACCAUGUAUACAGACUGUCACUUUCCUUCCCCACCCAGCCUGCAUCCCCAUGACCUGCACUGAAGUAGCUUGUGCCCAAAAACAGUGACACCUCAUCACUUCAACAUCAGAAAAUGGGCAAAGAAUGUAUCCAUGCAACUGAAUGUAUCUCAUCCUUCCCUGGCAUCAUAGAUAGAAACUAUUUCUUUGCCUGCCUUUUACUGCCUUAUCCUGGAAAUAUUGGGGGAAAUAAGCCAUAUCAGUGAGAAUUAAGUCACUGUGAAAACCAAGUGGAUUAAUUUUUUGUAAGUUUGGUAGAGCAGAACUGGCCCAAAAGCCAAGGUGCCUGAGUUCUCAGUUUGGGCUCUGCCAACUGGUAGAUCUGUGACCAUAGGGCUUGGUUUUCCCACUUAGUGAAUAAGUUAUGAUCUCUAAAAUCCUGCUCACCCUUAAAUUCAAAUAUUGGAAUUUCAAAUGGGAAAAAUCUGAUUCGUUGGAUGGUUUCGUUUUAUUCAAAUUUUAUUCAGAUUUCCAUUUUUAUUGGGCCAAAAGUAUAGUCCACUUAAUUGAGGAAUAUAUAUUUGGUAUUGACUCAAAAUAAGAAUUUAACUUAAUACUAGUCAACUAUUUAGAGACCUUGGGAAAAAAAAAAGAGGAACAACUUGGAAAUCUCAAGUACGAUUGGAAAUAAUCAGGGGAGGGAGGAAUUAUAGGUUCAGUGCACAAAAGCAAUCUUACUCCUUCUAGGAAAAGGAAACAAGAAUAUUGCUAUGGCAUUUGUUAAUCAGAGAGAAGAAGUAGGUGAAGGAAUUAAAGUUAUAAACACCAACAUGAAACUCAUGGGCAGAUCACCUGCCUUGACUUUAUCUGCAGACGGGGGUUCUUUUUGGUUUUAUUUUGUCUAGGCUUGCUUUGUUAACAUCUCAGUUCCUUCUGUUGACUCUCCUUGAAAAUUAAACAUUUAGGCACCUCUGUGCUCCAGGAGAACGCUGAGAAGCUUUGCUCUCUAGGGCAAGUUUUCCAAAGGGAAUGAGAGGAAGGUAAACACGUGGGUACUGGAUAGGCUCAUAGAUUCCCUAGGCAUUUGGCCCUUUCUAAGAAGUUUCCUUGUUUUGUUUGAAUAUAUACUGACAUUCGUCAGUAUACCAGACACCCAGUUUCAAAUGUGAGCACAGAGCCUGACCUCAAGCUAAAUCAGAAUGCUUUGGGGUUAACCAAGAUUGGGAAUUAGCCAGACAGUACAGUGUAUCUACAGUAAUCCAGCUAGCCCCCAAUAAAGGAAAGCUUGAUCCUUAAGCAGGCAAACAUCUGAUCUAGAAAUCCUGUUGAAGGCUAAAUACUUUAUGCUGAGUAGGACAAGUCUUAGAGAACUUGAGGUUGAAAGAAAAAGUGAUAGGACUCAAAUGACCUAUCAUUGACCUAUCAUUGAGUUGUCAAAGCGAUUACACUCAUUCCUUCUGAAACUGACAGAGGUACUUAGUACAUCUCAAGACUCCAUCUCAUAAAACUUGACCAUAAUGGAUUUGCUCUGGAUUUUUUUUUAACAUUUUUUCAUGAAUUGUCCCAACUUUCGAAUCAAGUUGGGGACCAGUUGGAAACACCCCUUGCAUCCACCCCCACAGUGGGGAGACAUCCCAGUACAGGGGAACACAUCCGUUAUGCUGGGAUUCUUAUUUAUGAAUCAGUUCACUUUUAGAGAUGAGUGGUGUGUGUGUAGGUGUGAGUGGGUGUAUGUGUGUGUGCACGUGUGCUUGUAACCCUCAAGUGUACUUUGCUCUUCAACUUAGAUGUGCAGUAUUUCCAAAAAUAGUGAAAAAGGUAAGACCCUUCCUUCUUUAUGAUUCUGCUCAAAACACCACGUGCCGCCUCAGAGCUUUUUCUAGUCAAAUGAGCCUCCGUCCUCAGUGACGCCCUCUACGUGUUGAUGCCUCAACCCAGCGAAGCCCCCUCUCUCGUGCCCUGAGUGAUGCCUCUUCAGUUCACAGUGCAGUCAUCGGGUGGACUGCCAGGCCCUGGCUCUGCACAGCAACGUCAUCCUUGAUGCUCCUCCGUGAACAAGGGUACAAGCCUGGGCCCCUCCUCAACCCUAAGCUCCCCACAGACUCAGCCCUCAAGGAACCGCUGAGCAUCCUCAAAGCAUGUCAUUGUCAGCGAUACCUUUUUCUUCUCCUGAACUCUAACCUAUUCGUGUCAUAUUGACCUUUUGCUGCAUGAGUCAUAAAUGAUGAAAUCGGUCUUUUGGUUUUUGAAAUGUAGCCAGCAUUUGUAAGGCUAAACCUUUUUCAUGAACUGAAUUUAAGUGAAUAAUCAAGCCACAGUUUCUCUUCAAAAGGAGAGUGAUGCUAGACAUUUGAAUCUCUUUGUCCUUUCCAAUGGCUAUGGCAUCAGGUCCUAAAAUAAGCUCGUAAUUUUUCCUGUUAUUUUAAUAAUAUGGAAAUAUUAGCAUAGUGUUUCUUUUGAUAGUGAUAGACUAUAAUCCGUAUUUAAAUUUUAUAGAGAAGAAAUUUAUUGUACUGUGAUGUAGAUAUUUAUUAUCCAGGUAAGGAUUUGCCCGGUGUGUAUUUUUUACAAUUGAAACAUUUUACUUUAAUCUUUAAAAACAAAACGCAUUAAACACACAC